AUGCACAUCCAACGCGUCACCGUCUCAGCCUACACUCUCUACCUCAACGAAAAGCAACUUCCCUGUGCCGGCAGGAUCGAUCCGCGCACAGUCGUCAUCGCAGCCAUGGUGCACGAACUCGGGGCACUCAAAUACACUGAAGGAAUCGCAGAGAACAACAAGAACUCUGGUCCACGACGACCCGACAGUCCUGAUACAGUGCAGCAUAAACAACACGAGUUACUAUUUGACUUCCUGCGGCGUCUGGACUGCCCGCCCGACGUCGCCGGGCCGGCGGCCCUGAUUGCGAGUCUAGUCAGUAUCUGGAGGGAGUUCAGGGAUAAAGAGAAGAUUCAGGGUCAUUGCGAGGCGUAUCCUGCGCUGAAGUUUGUACAGGAUGCUGAUCGGUUGGAUGAUCUGGGGCGUGUUGGGAUUGCGAAGCUGGUUGCGGAGAGGAAGGGGACGAUUCUUGAGUUGGUAAAUAGGAUUGAUAAGAGUUUGGCGUAUUGUGUGGAUUUGAUGAAGACGAAGGUUGGGAGGAAGGAGGCGGAGAAGAGGCGGGCGCAGAUGCUGGAGUUUAGGGAGGGGUUGGUGGGACAGACUGACUGCUCGGUCGGUCUCAAGGCCGACUGA